AUGACUCGCCAAGAGGUAAUUAGUCAUCUCAAGGAUAACCAUGGGUUUAACUUGACUACCAGCCAGUUUGCAAAAGCAACAAAGCAAUGGGGGUUUUAUAAGCAACCUCGCCGGGCUCUUGAAGCAACUGCCUUGGCGGAGCCUGAGCCAUUGGGAGCGAUAUUCGAUAUCGAGGUUGAUGCUUUCGGCGCAGAUGAUGAGGACGAAUAUCUUUUCCACAUUGACAGUACACUUGAUACUCCCAAAAACGCCAAGGAUGACGAGGAUCCAUGCAAGGAGUCAUCUCGAAAUGCUGGGGAUACUUCUCUGGAGGCCCAGAAGAGCCACCGGAAAACCAGAGUAUCAAGCAACCAAUGCCACGUAGCGGAUGUCAAGAGUCCAACUGCAAACGCACCCGACGCUCAUAUUCCAUGGGCUUUGUGGUUCUCGCCCCCAGGGGUCCUGAACCGAACUCAAAACGUGGCUUUGGUGUGUGGUACAGCGCCACAGUUGUACUUGGAUUAUUUGGUGUGCUGCUACUUCUUUCAAGAUUCUUUUGACUGUAUUGAGGAAAGCAUUAGUGGCAGGACUAUCGCCGAUGAUAAUCUUAUGCGCCAGUUUCUGGAUCUUAUGAGGAUUGCCAAAUCAGCGAGCUGGGCUCGAUCCGUUAUUAGCCUGCUUCAAGAUUUCCAUCUCCUCGAAGCUGCAGAAGGGGACGCUGAUCAGACAUCAGUCUUGCCUUAUACAACUGUGCAAGAUCGAAUGCUUUUUCACGCCUACUUAUCUAGUAUCUAUUCUAUUAUCCGAGGCCGAGAGAACCAGGCUCGAAGGCAUCUUGGCCAAUUUCGCCAGAUCAGGGAUGAACUCCUCGCAAGUCCGGAUUGUUCCCUCAAUAUGUGGUCUAUCCUUCUUAUACAAGGUGACACCAUUCAUGAUGAUAUCCCAGGCGAUUUGGUUGACAGACUCAACAUUGAUGAUGGAGAAUUCCUAUAUAUUUUUCGGCUGUGCUUGAGCUUAUGCAAGGAAUGGCUUGAGGUGGUCGAAAAAGGGGUCUCGAGUCAUGCUCUUGUGCAGUUUGACAGUUUAUUCCUACAAACAGAUGGCGCCGCAACCACACAUGAUAUCGUUAGAUUGAUGCAAAAGAAGAGUUGCCUUGAUACAUGGCAAGAGGCGGGAUUUCUUUUUGCCUUCGUUUGGGGCAAUGCCCAGCAGAAAACACCAAUCUCAUCAUCGUGGUGGAAACAAGUUGAGAUAUCAGGUAUAUCACCUUCGCAUUUCCUGGCUGUUACAUGCCGGAUGAUUGUUCAUCAAACAACUAUCUCUCCAGGCUUGGGAAGUGAAUUCGUAUGGAAAUAUGCCACAGAGAAAUUCAUUAGCCUACUCUAUCUCGACGAAAUCGAGGAUUUCAUGACAGAAAGGUUAUCAGCGCGAAGUAUUAAAAGAAACUUUCUGCAGCACUUCAUUAAGCAUCACACAUGGUCCGAACUAGAACCAGAGGACAACGGGUCAAUUAAACGUGUCCAGAACUACCAGCAAAGGGUUCUAGAUAACGUGAUUCGACAUAGGAUGGAUAGUGCAGAACAUCACUCUUCCGUCCAGGAGACUUCGCGCCAGGCCACGAACCUCCAAACAGAUAUCUCAAUCGCCCCAUCCUUUAGUCUGGGUUCUAAUAAGUCCAACAAUUCGCCUUCGCGCUCCACAAGCUCGUCACAUGGUCGCCAAAGAUACCUCAGCUCACUCAGCAACAAUCCUACAAUGACUCGGUCACCAGCGUCAGGAUCCUCUCGAGGAUCCUCCAUGAAUUCAUUUCGGAGAUUUCAAGGGGCGAGCGCAGCUAUUGCAAUACGUCUCAAAGACUAUCAGGGUUUGCACAUGCAAAGUUUAGAUGAACAAGGCAGCAAUGCUUAG